UCUCCACAUGGCAUUCAAGAUGGGAGCAUCGUGAAUGAAAUAUGCGUGACACUUUAGCUAAGGAUUCUGUAAAUAAUUCUAUUGAAAGACAACAGUGAUUUAUCUUAUUUUAAGUUGUACGGAGUUGUGGCGUCCUUUAAAUAUGGGAAAGUCAAAGACUAAAAACCAGAAGAAGUCGCGUGUAACUGCCAGUCAGGUGGCAGAGGAGACUUACGGCAGUGUGCCGCACACAUUCGUGUUUCACCGCGGACAGAUCGGGAAGAAUGUCGGUCAGCUGGUGAUGGACAUGAGACGAGUCAUGGAGCCUUUCACAGCGAAAUCUUUAAAGGUGCGGAAGAAAAACGUCUUGAAAGAUUUUGUUACAGUGGCCGGACCAUUAGGGGUGACGCACUUCUCAAUAUUUUCUAAAACAGAAAGCGGUGUAAAUAUGAGACUUGCACGACUUCCCAAAGGUCCAACGCUUUACUUUCGUGUUGCCAAGUACACCCUCAUCAAAGAUGUGGUUUCAUCUUUAAAGAGGCACAGGAUGCAUGAACAGCAGUUUUCCCAUCACCCAUUACUAGUGCUAAAUAAUUUUGGCACAGAGGGAAUGCAGAUCAAGCUGAUGGCCACCAUGUUCCAGAACAUGUUCCCCUCAAUCAACGUACACAAGAUCAGCCUCAACAGCAUAAAGAGAUGUGUGCUGUUAAAUUACGAUCCAGUGUCUCAAGAAGUGGAGUUUCGUCAUUAUAGCUUGAAGGUGGUGCCCGUAGGCAUGAGUCGAGGGGUGAAGAAGCUCAUGCAGGAGAAGUUUCCCAACAUGAGCAAGCUGGAGGACAUCAGUGAGCUCCUUAUGAAAGGAGUCAACCUUUCAGAGAGCGAGGCUGAGCAGGAUGGCGAUCACAACAUCACAGAGUUGCCUCAGGUGUAUUCGGGCCGUGGGAACAUGGCUUCUCAACAGAGUGCAGUUCGGCUUACUGAGAUUGGCCCCAGAAUGACUCUGCAGCUGAUGAAGAUUUUAGAAGGCAUGGGAGAUGGCAAUGUGCUUUAUCAUUCUAUUUUCACAAAGUCUGAGGAGGAGCUACAAGAAAUGCUGAACAGGAAGGAGGCCCGUCUGAAAGAGAAGGCAGAGCGGAAGAAAAAGCAAGAACAGAAUAUCGCCCUGAAGAAAGAAAAACGGGAUGAGAACAAGCAAAAGAGCUUGGAUGGCAUCAAGAGAAAACGACAGCAGGAAGGGCAGGUGUCUGAUGAAGAAGUGGAGGAUCCUGGGAAACAGGACCAGGCUGCAGCCGAGGAAUCAGAGGAUGAAGCAGAAUAUUACAGACAGGCUGUAGGAGAGGAACCAGAUGAAGAUAUGUUUCCUGGGUCAAAAAGGAAGCGUGGCCCUGGCAAGUCAUCCAGACCCUUCAAAAAGAGGAAGCUGUCACCAGACAAGCAGAAUUUCAAGUCGCUUGACAGAGGAAAGAAAGCUGGCCCUGGGGGUAAACAGUUUGGAGAUAGAAAAGCGGUAGAGGGAAGAAGCAAGUUUAGGAAGAGUGAAGGAGUUAAGAAGUUUGGAAAUAAAGGGGAACGAGGAAAUAGGUUUAAAGGGCAGAAAAUCGGGGCAGUAGGCAAGAAAUUUGGUGGACAGAAAGCUUUUAAAGGUAGACAGAAAGGCGCUGGAGAAAAAAAGGACUUAAAACGCAAGAAAGGAAAUGAAAACAGGAAUCGGAAGUGAGAGUGGGCACCUCUUAUAGGACAUCAGCACAAGGUGGGACUGUUGCUUCACACUUGACUUGAUUUCACACAUUUGUCUUCAGUCUCUACCCAGAAAAAGUGCACCCUUUGCACGAGAAGGGAAAUAAAGUUUGUUACAGUUUAAGGGUGGCAGUCGGAGUAAUAAAGUGAAGCAGAAUUAUUUGGUAAGUUUUAAAUGUUUAAAUGUUAAAACUUGUGUGUCGACUUAAUAAAUCCACAUCAACUGUAGAUAUCAAGUUGAAAAAGUUGAAGGUAUUUUGUGUUUGAAUCUUAUUUGCUCAGAUGUUAAAAGAUGUGAUUGUUUUCAAUUGUAAACCCAUGUAUGACAUGGAUAUCUUUAAACUUGCCUUACAUUGACACAUGUAUAAACUCCUAAAAGAAAUACAAUUGUAGUACUAACAAAAAAUGUCUAACUCAAUAUAAUACACAGCCCUGAAAUUUGUAAUUUCUUCUUUUUCCUUAAUUUCAGCUUAUUUCUUUUUUUUUUUCACUUCAAAUGACCAAAUUUAUGUUGAUUACCUUCAGGUAUUUUGCCAACUACUGUGCUAUUAUAUCUUUUAUGCCAAGUUUGAAAUAAAUUUGUGGCAUAAUCUUUAUGCAUGAUACACAGAAAUUGAGUGCAGAUUAGUUAAAUUUAUCAUCUAAUUAUAUAGUCAUCAGGCAGUAUUGCAAAUUUUUUUUUUAAAUUGCACAAUUUACCAACCCAAAGAAGCUUAUGUCCAGCAGACCAGCGGAAAUGCCUGAUAGCCACAAUUCUCAGUUAAACAAUGCAAAUUUUGCAGCAACAUCUAAACUGUACUCUGUUUCCAACUUUUAAUCUUCCUGCAUUCCAACUGUACAUUUAGGACAAUAUAAAAUGCUUCUCAGCAAUUGGAUAUUUACUGUUUGAGAUGAUAAAACAGACUGUCCAAGAUACUAUGGCAAUCUGAAUUGACUUCGAAUAUCUGAAAUUAGCAAUUUACUCAAAUGAAAACAAAAUUACAGAUAUCAAAAUUUAGCAUUUUUACAUUUUACUUAUUGUUGAUAUCAGGAAUGGGUAAGUAUUGAUAUAAAAAUAAUAAUUUUUACUAGUAACAAGUACAGUUAGAAUGUGAAUUUAGAAUGUUAUCUAAGAAAUUAUAGAUAUCUGUAAUUGCAUUUUGAACAGGAGUGAAAGACAUUGUGAAAAUGCAGUUACAUCUGUGAACAAUUAUGGCUUUUACUACACUGUAAACCCUAAUGCUCAAAAUAAUUGUUUUGAGUAGGGAAAAAUUAAAUCAUACAAAUUAGUUCAAAUAAAUUAACGAUGAGUAUUUAGAAUGUUCUCUUUCUUUUGAGUUCACAAAAUUUACACCUUUUAAGUAACCAGAAUUGUUUAAUGUUUUGAGUUUAAUGAACUUGUCUCUUUAAAUUUACAGGAAUUUAAAUUUAAAUGAAACUAGAGAUUUAUAUUUUCCAGCAUGCUUUACGUGGCACUCGACAGGGAGAGUAAAUGUUAAAAUUAAGUGUUAUAUAGUGUGUCUGUGCAAGAUGAAUGUAAAGGGAGAUACUUGUUAGUAUUUAAUGUUUUGUUGUGUUUAGAAGAGUUUCUGUCAUGUUUUAAGUUUUUGGGGGGUUACCAUUAUGAUGAAUAGUGGAGCUUGAGAUUAGUUUGAGGACAGGAACAUAAUUAGAUCGUUCUACAAUAUAUUGGUGUUCUUGUUGAGCAAUUCUAUGCUAAUCAACGCAUGGUUUAACGUUCAAUGUACUAGUUUGUUUUAGCUAGUACUAGCUAGCUAGGUUACCUCUACUUGACAUAUUUAAGUUGAGCCUACUUGGUGAUUUUAAGUUCAGCCAAAGAGUAACAUUUAAAGUACCAUUGAAAUGCAUGAGUUGUUUACUCAAUAUUUCAAGUUAAGAAAAAAAAUCAACACGCAUGAGUAGUACAAAAUCAAAAUCUGACAGUUCUGCUUAGCAAUUUCCUCAAAUGAAUUCCUCAAAUACAAAAACUUGUCAUUUACUAACUUAAAAAAUUUGAGUUCAGCUAACUUGUUGGGGUUUACAGUGCAGUUGAAAUUGUAAUAUUAAGAAUUAAGAAGUAUUAAGAAUUAAGCGAGUACUGACGCUGGCUACCACCCCUGAAGUCGCGAGUUCGAAUCCAGGGUGUGCCGAGUGUCUCCAGCCAGGUCUCCUAAGCAACCAAAUUGGCUCGGUUGCUAGGGAGGGUAGAGUCACAUGGGGUAACCUCCUCAUGGUCGUGAUUAGUGAUUCUCACUCUCAAUGGGGUGCGUGGUGAGCUGUACGUGGAUCGCGGAGACUAGCGUGAGCCUCCACAUGCUCUGAGUCUCCGCGGUGUCAUGCACAACGAGCCACGUGAUAAAAUUUGCGGAUUGACUGUCUCAGAACUGAGACUUGUCCUCCGCCACCCGGAUUGAGGUGAGUAACUGCAUCACCACAAGGACUUAUUAAGUAGUGGGAAUUGGGCAUUUGGGUAUUUGAAUGGGUAUUUGAGUACUGAUGUCAUUUUUACUCAUGCAAACCUAAUUACUGAUAUCAAAAAAUAGCAUUUUCACUAGUAGUAAUUCCACUGCUGAUAUCAAGAAUUAUCAUUUUAUCUACUGAAAUUUGAAUUGCAGAUAUCUAUUAAUUCAUCCUAUACAUAAAGGUGAACUUUUUUGUUUUAUGUAUGUCAUAUUGGACUUGCAAUGAUUUGUUGCUUCCAUGUCUCUAGGUGUCAAACGCAAUAGUUUUCAGUUACUAAUGUCAUUGUAGAAAUUCACUAUUCACAGUCGGUCAUAACUAAAUUAAUCCAUGAGUGAAAGUAACGGUGGUUAAUGAGAUUAAGCGAGUAGUAUUCGGUUGAUCAUGUGAUCCUAACUUGGCUACCCCCGUGUGCGGACCUAUGUAGAAUAAAACAACUUUUAUAAGGUUACUGAUAUGAUUGGAGUCUUUUUUUUUUUUUA